GCCCGCCGACGGCCUCGGGCGCUGCGUUCGGCGCCGGCUUCCCCCGGACCGCGCAGUCUCCGCGCCGCCAUGGCGGCCGUCAGGGCUCUGGCGGCGGCCCCCGCGCUCAGGCCGCUUCCGGGACUGCGGCGGCUCCCUCCCGGCGGGCGGGCGGCCCUCCACGGCUCCGCGCCGCGGCCCGGGCCCAGGGUCGCCCUGGUGUUGUCCGGCUGUGGGGUCUAUGACGGGACGGAGAUCCACGAGGCCUCCGCGGUCCUGGUGCACCUGAGCCGUGGCGGAGCCGAGGUCCAGAUUUUUGCCCCCGAUAUCCCUCAGAUGCAUGUGGUUGACCACGUGAAGGGCCAGCCUUCUGAGAGCGAGAGCAGGAACGUUUUGGCCGAGUCGGCGAGAAUUGCGCGAGGCAAGAUCAGCAGCCUGGCCCAGCUCAGCGCCUCCAACCACGACGCCGCCAUCUUCCCCGGAGGAUUUGGAGCUGCCAAGAACCUGAGCACCUUUGCCGUGGACGGGAAAGACUGCAAGGUGGACAAGGACGUGGAGCGAGUCCUGAAGGAGUUUCAUGCUGCCGGGAAGCCCAUCGGCCUGUGCUGCAUCGCGCCCGUGCUCGCAGCCAAGGUUCUCAGAGGCGUCGAGGUCACGGUGGGCCACGAGCAGGAAGAAGGCGGCAAGUGGCCCUACGCCGGGACUGCGGAGGCCAUCAAGGCCCUGGGUGCCAAGCACUGCGUGAAGGGCGUCACCGAAGCUCACGUGGACCAGAAGAACAAGGUGGUCACUACCCCGGCCUUCAUGUGUGAGACCGCGCUUCACCACAUCCACGACGGGAUUGGGGCCAUGGUGAAGAAGGUGCUGGAACUCGCGGGGAAGUGACGCGCGGGCAGCUGCGUGGGCCCCUGGAGGAGGCCGUCGGGCCGCCGAGAGGGUCUGGGCCCCAGGCCGGAGCUCUGCCUGCGGAGGCCGCCCCGCCGCAUCCGGAGCGGAGACCGAGCCCCCCCGGACCCUGAGUGCCCCCGCCACUGCGCCCUGAACACUGAGCCCCAGCCCCGCUGCUCCAGCCAGGGAACCCGAGGGACGCCCGCCACCCGCCCAGCUUUGGGCCUUCUGGAGGCCCAGUUUUUAAAGACACGGAAUUGGAGGCUACAAAUCAUAAUUAGAAAACCGGAAGUUA